UGCACGGAAUGGGAGCCCAAGUUUAUAAUUUUCAUUCCUUGUUUUCCUCUUCACUGAUUUCCAAAAAGUUCCCCCCUUCACCUAGAUUUUCUCUCCACCAGGUGAACUUUCACUCACCAGCCAAACACAGUCCCAGGAAAUCCUUGAGGAUGGCGCAGGUUGCAGAGAACCCAGUGGUUCAGCAAAAGAGAUUGAUAGUACCAAACAAAUAUGGUGAAAAACUUGUGGGCUUAUUGCACGACACUGGAUCUGUGGAGAUUGUUAUCUUAUGCCAUGGUUUUCAAGCGACUAAGGAACAUAGAAUAAUGAUCAAUGUGGCUGUUGCAUUGGAAAAAGAAGGAAUCAGUGCCUUCUGUUUCGACUUUUCUGGAAACGGGGAAAGUGAAGGUACAUUUGAGUAUGGAAACUAUAAGAAAGAGGCUGAUGAUUUACAUGCUGUAAUCGAGCACUUCUCCGGCGCAAACCACGUAAUAAGUGGAAUUCUUGGACAUAGUAAAGGAGGCGAUGUGGUUCUCCUAUAUGCUUCUAGAUAUCAUGAUGUCCAUACGGUUGUCAAUGUAUCUGGGCGUUACGAUCUGAAGAGCGGCAUUGCGGAACGCAUGGGAGAAGAUUUCAUGGAAAGACUAAAGGAGAAAGGUUAUUUUGACGUCAAAGAUAGGAAGGAGAAUGUCAGUUACCGUGUGACCGAGGAAAGUAUGACUGAACGUCUAAAUACUGAUAUGCAUGCGGCUUGUCUUGCGAUCGACAAAGAGUGCAGGGUGUUAACAAUCCACGGAUCGGCUGAUGAGAUCAUCCCUGUUGAAGACGCGUUUGAGUUUGCCAAGAUAAUACCAAAUCACAAACUACGCAUUGUCGAAGGAGCCGAUCAUCGUUACACUGCACAUCUAGCUGAGUUGGCUUCAAUCGCUGUGGGGUUCAUAAAGGAAACCUUGGAGCAGGACAAGGCUGCUUCUAUUUAGGUAUUGCCCCCCUUUGCUGAGAAUAAUUAAAAAGGCAUGAUGAACGUUAUGAUCUAUUUAAUGUAUUCCUGACCCCAAUCUUUCUGGGAUGACAUGCGUUAGAUUUGAAUGGAAGAGUUUACAACUCUACAACGCAAACCUAUUUGUAUAAUAAACGAUUAUUAAACGAGUUUGACUCUCUUCAUAUGCCUUCUAUGUACUCGGCUGUGAAUUUUCACAUGAAAGCUUAAACGGAAAAGACCUUGCUGUUGUUAACAAUAAACACCGUAUGUUACUGAAA